AAAAAGGAAAAAAGCUAGUACUCCUAUAUAAUUUCUCUUAUGUUAGGUAUUCUUUCUAUCAUAUAAAGACAUUGAGAACUUGCCAACUUCAUCGCACAUGAAACUCAGAUAUGGAAUACCUAAACCAAGAAGUUGAAAGUUUAACCUCAAAUGUUCAACUAGGGGAUUAUUUGGCUUUAUCAAAUGAGGGCCUUUCUCAUGAUCAUCAAAAUCAUCUUCAAGAUCAUCAAAGAAUUCAUCAUGGUCAUGAUCAAAUUCCCAUGAUCAUGGCUUUCCAUAAUGAUAUGAAUUUGUCAAGCAAUAUUAGUUCUGAUAAGGUUAAUGUUUAUGACGAUCCAGUAGCUGCUCAGUUCUUUACUCUGGGAGGUCCAAAUUAUGGCAUAAAUUCAAUUCCUGAAUCAAAUUCCAUGGUGAAUAAUAUUUCCACUCCUGCACCCCCGGUGCCAAUUGGAACUGACAAGGGCAAUGGAAAUUAUAAUUGUGGUGGGAGAAAGAGAAAAAGAAAGGAUGAUAGAGAGGCUGAUAAACCAAGAGAAGUUGUUCACGUUAGAGCAAAGAGAGGUCAAGCUACUGAUAGUCAUAGUUUGGCUGAAAGGUUACGAAGAGAGAAAAUAAAUGAAAAGUUGAGAUGCUUACAAGAACUGGUUCCUGGAUGCUAUAAGACAAUGGGAAUGGCAGUGAUGUUCGAUGUAGUAAUCAAUUAUGUUCGAUCAUUGCAAAAUCAAAUUGAUUUUCUGUCCACGAAACUUUCAGCAGCAAGUUUGUUUUAUGACUUCAACUCAUCAGAAAUGGAAGCUAUGGAGUCCAUGCAGGGAACAAAUGUGCAUGAAGCACAAGGGAUGGGAAAGGUUGCUGGUGAAGGUUAUGGAGGAUUUCCUCAAUUUCAAACGUCUAAUUGGCCACUUUGAUCGUACUCGUUCAUACUUUAAAGCUCCCUAAGAAAAUAUGUAUACUCGUCAUCUGAAAAAUAAAAAUAAAAAAAUCCAACAAUAUCGCAAGUGUACUUUGAACUCCCAUAUGGUUUAAACCCUUCACCUUCCCAUAAAAUAUACGUUUGUUUGCAGAGGCGGACCCAGGAUUUUGAGUUCGGGGGUGCUGGAUCCAGGAAUUUUGAGUUCGGAGGUGCUCUAUUAACUAUUUAUAUCUGUUUCCUUUAUAUUUUCUAUACAGUUAUACACUCCGUAACUGAAUUUAAUGGGUGCCGGAGCACCCAAAAACUCUACAUAGGUCCGCCCCUGUUUGUUUGUGUAUUUAGUUAAUUAAAUUUUGUUUUAUGAAAACUAAGACAAUAUUGGUUGCUGAUCAAUGA